CAGCAUACGAAACUUUCGUCAGUGUCUAAAAGCAAGCCGUAAGAAAUGGCGGACGCCGCAGCACGUUCGCUCCAGUACGAGUAUAAAGCCAAUUCUAAUUUGGUUUUACAAGCUGACGUUCGUUUAAUCGAUCGCCGAGCACGAGAUGAAGCCACCGGUGAGGUUAUGUCCCUUACUGGGAAGUUGGAAGGAACUCGCAUGGGUGACAAAGCCCAACGGAUGAAACCGGCAAAACGUCAGAAGCGUGAUCCCAACAAAACUGAUAUUGGUGGUAAAAAUGGUGGAAAAGGACCUUUGCAAAGCGACAACCUGGAUGAAAUCUCUGGCAUCAUCUACAGGCCCAAAACGCAGGACACCAAACAGACUUACGAAGUGCUUCUCAGUUUUAUUCAGGAAGCGUUGAGUGAUCAACCCAGAGAUGUGUUGUGUGGUGCUGCUGAUGAAGUCCUCACGGUUCUCAAGAACGACAAGCUCAAGGAUAAGGAGAAGAAAAAGGAAACAGAGGCUAUGCUUGGCUCCUUGCCAGAAGAAAGAUUUGCCCUGCUCGUUAACCUGGGUAAGAAGAUCACAGAUUGGGGCCAAGACGAGAAAAUGGGUACUGGAGAAGAGCAAAUGGACGACCAGUAUGGCAUCAAUGUGCAAUUUGAAGACACAGACGAAGAAAACGAAGAAGAAAAUGUGUAUGGAGAGAUUGGAGAAGAAGAUGACGGUGAGGAUGAAGCUGAUGAAGCUGAAACAGACCAUGCCAUUCAUGCUGAUGCUGUCGCAAGUGGCGUCGAUUUGGGCGGUAAAAAAGAGAAGAAAUUGCAUCCCCUCGAUAUUGAUGCCUAUUGGCUUCAGAGGAAGCUGUCAAAGUUUUACAGUGACCCCAUGGUGUCUCAAGCCAGAGCCGGUGAAGUCCUCAACAUCCUCAAGAAUAUCCAGGAUGAAAGAGAAUGUGAAAAUCAGCUAGUUGUCUUGCUUGGUUUUGACUGCUUUGACUUCAUCAAGCUGCUUAAACAAAACAGACACAUGAUUCUUUACUGUUCGUUACUGGCAUCCGCACAGAGCGAAGCUGAACGUCGAAGCAUUCAAGACGAGAUGAAGAGCAAUCCCCAUCUGAACAAGAUCCUUCGACAAUUAGAUACUGUGAGGGACGACACUGGAAUCGAACCGAUGGAAGUCGAUUUUAAAAAGAGUUCACGUCAAGGUACUUCUGCCUCCAAAGAAGUCGGAGGUGGAGGACAGGAAGGGUACAGUGGCAUUCCAGGUCUUCGAGAGCUACUGGACUUGGAGGAUCUUGCAUUCGCUCAGGGCUCUCACUUCAUGGCCAACAAAAAGUGUACACUUCCAGAAGGUUCUUUCCGAAAACAGCGUAAAGGCUACGAAGAAGUUCAUGUGCCACCAUUGAAACCUAGGCCUUUUGAUGCUGAUGAAAUGCUUAUUCCUAUCGAUAAACUUCCAACCUACGCCCAACCAGCUUUCGAAGGAUUCAAAACGCUCAACAGAAUCCAGUCUAAAAUCUAUAAAACAGCUCUCGAAUCGGAUGAGAACAUGUUAAUUUGCGCCCCAACCGGCGCCGGCAAAACCAACGUGGCUUUGUUGACAAUGAUGAGAGAAUUGGGCAAGUACAUCAAUCCGGACGGAACAAUUCGCGUUGAUGAAUUCAAAAUCAUCUACGUUGCACCCAUGCGUUCGCUCGUACAAGAGAUGGUGGGCAGUUUUGGCAAAAGACUGGCGCCUUUCAACCUGAAAGUUGCCGAAUUGACGGGCGACCAUCAACUCAGCCGUGAAGAAAUUGCACAAACUCAGGUGAUUGUCUGCACGCCCGAAAAGUGGGACAUUAUCACUCGCAAAUCAGGAGACCGAACCUACACGCAACUGGUCAAGUUGAUGAUCUUUGACGAAAUUCACUUGUUGCACGACGACCGUGGUCCAGUUUUGGAAGCCUUGGUAGCUCGUACUAUCCGCACCGUCGAAUCCACUCAAGAAGAUUUGCGAUUGGUGGGUCUUUCUGCCACGCUUCCCAAUUACGAAGAUGUGGCCACUUUCUUGCGUGUCCGACCCAAGACGGGUCUAUUCUUCUUCGACAACAGCUACCGCCCUGUACCCUUGGAACAGCAGUACGUUGGAAUCACGGAGAAGAAAGCUGUUAAGCGUUAUCAGAUUAUGAACGAAAUUGUAUACGAGAAGGUAAUGGAGCACGCCGGCAAGAAUCAAAUUCUCGUCUUCGUUCAUUCGAGGAAAGAAACCGGCAAAACAGCACGUUCCAUCCGCGAUCUUUGUUUGGAGAAAGACUCUCUGGGAGCCUUUCUACGUGAGGGUUCCGCUUCUACGGAAGUUUUGCGCAAUGAAGCCGAACAAGUUAAGAAUCAGGAGCUGAAGGACCUACUUCCCUAUGGUUUUGCCAUCCAUCACGCUGGUAUGAGCCGUGUGGACCGUGCUUUGGUCGAAGAUUUGUUUGCUGAUCGUCACAUCCAGUUGCUCGUUUCCACAGCUACUUUGGCCUGGGGUGUCAAUUUGCCAGCCCAUACUGUCAUCAUCAAAGGAACGCAAGUCUACAAUCCGGAGAAAGGUCGAUGGUGCGAACUUGGAUCUCUCGAUGUCUUGCAAAUGUUGGGUCGUGCUGGUCGACCGCAGUACGAUACCAAAGGUGAAGGUAUCCUCAUCACCAACCACAGCGAGUUACAGUAUUACCUGUCGCUGCAAAAUCAGCAAUUGCCCGUCGAGUCGCAAAUGGUCAGCAAACUACCAGACAUGCUGAACGCUGAAAUCGUUUCCGGCACAGUGCAAAAUGUCAAAGACGCCGUCCAUUGGUUGAGCUACACUUAUCUCUACAUCAGGAUGCUUCGUUCACCGCAACUUUACGGCAUAUCGGUCGACAAACUAAAGGAAGAUCCGAUGCUCGAGCAACACCGAGCUGACUUGAUCCAUACGGCAGCAGUUUCACUUGAGAAGAGCCAGCUGCUCAAAUACGAUCGCAAAUCCGGUCAACUUCAAGGCACGGAAUUGGGAAGAAUUGCCAGUCAUUAUUAUUGCACCAACGCAAGCAUGGCAACCUACAACCAGCUGUUGAAGCCAACUUUGAGCGAAAUUGAACUAUUCCGAGUUUUUUCGCUCUCUUCCGAGUUCCGCAACAUCACCGUACGUGACGAAGAGAAAUUGGAACUUCAGAAACUUAUGGAACGUGUGCCUAUACCCAUCAAAGAAAGUAUCGAGGAGCCUAGUGCUAAAGUCAACGUUCUAUUGCAAGCCUACAUUUCGCAGCUGAAACUGGAAGGCUUCGCUUUGAUGGCUGACAUGGUUUACGUGACUCAGUCAGCUGGUCGUCUCAUCCGAGCCAUUUUCGAGAUGGUUCUUAGCCGAGGAUGGGCCCAGCUAGCUGAUAAAGCCCUCUCACUGAGCAAGAUGAUUAAUCGUCGCAUGUGGCAAUCCAUGUCGCCGCUUCGGCAAUUUAAGAAGAUGCCAGAGGAGAUCAUUCGAAAAUUGGAGAAAAAGAGUUUGCCGUGGGAAAGACUUUACGAUCUAGGCCCUACCGAAAUGGGAGAACUUAUUCGAGCUCCUAAAUUGGGCAAGACCAUCCACAAGUAUGUUCAUCAGUUUCCCAAGCUGGAGUUGUCUACUCACAUUCAGCCAAUCACUCGCUCCACGCUCAAAGUGGAAUUGACCAUUACUCCCGAUUUCCAGUGGGACGACAAGAUUCACGGCAAAGCUGAAGCUUUCUGGAUCUUUGUCGAGGAUGUGGACUCUGAGGUUAUUCUCCACCACGAAUACUUUCUUUUGAAAUCGAUUUACGCACAAGACGAACAUCUGGUCAAGUUCUUCGUUCCAGUUUUCGAACCUCUGCCACCCCACUACUUUAUCCGCGUUGUUUCGGAUCAUUGGAUUUCCUCGGAGACGCAGUUGCCUGUUUCAUUCCGUCACUUGAUUUUGCCGGAUAAAUACCCACCACCGACUGAGCUGUUGGAUUUGCAGCCGCUUCCUGUCACUGCUUUGCGUAAUCGAUCCUACGAAGCUCUCUACGCCGACUCGUUCCAGCAGUUCAAUCCCAUUCAGACGCAAGUGUUUAACGCGCUGUACAACACCGACGAUAACGUCUUUAUUGGUGCUCCAACUGGAGCUGGAAAAACCAUUUGUGCUGAAUUUGCCAUUCUGCGCCUUUUCAGUCAGAAAGAACAAGAGGCUUCGGCUGAAGGAGUAGCUGAAGUUGAAGCUCGUUGCGUCUACGUUACCCCCAAUCAAGAACUUGCGGAUAAUCUCUUCAUCAACUGGCAAGACAAAUUCGCAUCGCGAUUAGGCAAGAAAGUGGCCAUGUUGACUGGAGAAACAGGCACCGACCUGAAACUUUUGGCUAAGGCCAACAUCUUGAUCUCGAUUCCAGAGCACUGGGAUGUUUUGUCACGUCGUUGGAAGCAGAGGAAGAAUGUCCAGAACGUUCACUUGUUUAUCGUCGAUGAACUUCAAUUGCUGGGCGGAGAAGACGGGCCUACACUCGAAGUAGUUUGCUCAAGAAUGCGCUACAUCGGUGCCCAGCUUCAGAAACCCAUCAGGUUAGUGGCCUUGAGUCACUCUUUGGCCAAUGCCAAGGACGUUUCGCAGUGGUUGGGUUGCCCAGCAAACGGCAGUUUCAAUUUCCACCCGAACGUGCGACCAGUUCCGUUGGAACUUCACAUCCAGGGAUUUAACAUCACCCACAAUGCGUCUCGCCUCAUUGCCAUGGCUAAACCUCUGCAUAACGCUAUUUCUAAGCAUUCACCGAAAAAGCCGGUACUGGUCUUUGUUCCGUCGCGAAAGCAGUCUCGCGUGACGGCCUUCGAUAUCCUGACUUACGCCGCCGCCGAGAACGAACCGGAACGCUAUCUCCAUGCCGAGUUGGAGGACAUCAAACCUUUCAUCCAACGGCUAACCGACAAGACACUCCACGAAACACUUAAGCAAGGUGUUGGAUACUUGCACGAAGGUCUUACAGUCCAAGACAGAAGAAUUGUGGAGCAGCUGUUUGAACUUGGGGCCAUCCAGAUCGUUGUCGUUUCGCGCACUCUUUGUUGGGCUGUCUCCGUUCACGCUCACCUGGUUAUCAUUAUGGACACGCAAAGUUACAACGGUCAACAACACAUGUACGAUGACUAUCCCAUUACCGAUUUGAUCCAGAUGGCUGGCAGGGCUAAUCGACCGCGCGAAGAUGACGACGCUAAAUGCGUUCUCCUGUGCCAAUCGUCCAAAAAAGAUUUCUAUAAAAAGUUCUUGUACGAACCAUUGCCCAUCGAGAGCCAUUUGGACCAUUGCCUUCACGAUCAUUUCAACGCCGAAAUCGUGACCAAAACAAUUGAAAACAAGCAGGACGCUGUCGACAACUUGACGUGGACCUUUUUGUACCGGCGGAUGACUCAGAAUCCCAACUACUACAAUCUUCAGGGAGUGAGUCAUCGACACUUGUCUGACCACUUGUCCGAGUUGGUGGAAAGCACGCUGAAUGACUUGGAGCAAUCCAAGUGCAUUACCAUCGAGGAAGAAAUCGACGUUAGUCCGCUUAAUUUGGGCAUGAUUGCUGCCUACUAUUGCAUCCACUACACGACGAUCGAGUUGUUCAGCUUGUCGCUCAACGCCAAGACCAAAAUCCGUGGUUUAUUGGAAAUUAUUUCAGCAGCCGCCGAGUAUAAGAGCGUGCCAGUCCGGCAUGGAGAAGAAGCCGUAUUACGUCAGUUGGCUACCAGACUUCCCAAUAAGCCUCAGACUAAUGCCAAGUUUAGCGAUCCCCACACUAAAACGUUCCUCUUGCUGCAAGCUCAUUUGUCUCGCGUCCAGUUGCCAGCGGAGUUGCAGCAGGAUACGGAACUCAUUCUGGGCAAGGCGAUUCGAUUGAUUCAGGCCUCUGUGGAUGUGCUCAGCUCCAACGGAUGGCUUUCACCAGCUGUGGCCGCCAUGGAGUUAUCGCAGAUGGUGACUCAAGCUAUGUGGUCCAAGGAUUCGUACCUGAAGCAGCUACCUCAUUUCACCACCGAGAUUGUCAAACGGUGCACCGACAAGGGACUCGAAACAAUCUUCGACGUCAUGGAAAUGGAGGACGACGAGCGCAACACUCUACUCGGACUUAAUGAGUCCCAGAUGGCGGACGUCGCGCGAUUCUGCAAUCGUUACCCCAACAUCGAGUUGGGAUUUGACGUUUUGGAUCGCGAUCGAAUCACUUCAGGACAAUCUGUAGUGAUUGCAGUGAACCUUGAACGUGAAGAUGAAGUCGUUGGCCCAGUCCUUGCUCCUUUCUUCCCACAGAAACGCGAAGAAGGCUGGUGGGUAGUAAUCGGCGACCCGAAGGCUAAUGCUCUCGUUUCCAUCAAACGUCAGACAUUACAGCAGAAGGCCAAAGUCAAAUUGGAUUUUGCGGCUCCAACGACUCCUGGCCAGCAUUCUUACACCAUUUAUUUCAUGAGCGAUUCGUACACGGGAUGUGAUCAAGAGUACAAGUUUACCAUCGAUGUCAAGGAACCAUCAAACUCUGAAGAUUCUGACUCUGGUUCCAACUAAACAUGAAGUCCAAAACUUUUUCAAUCUUUAUUUUUGUUUCCAUUUUUGCUGGUAUCAUGACCGGUUUCGUUUUUAAAACAUUGUGAGAAAUGUCAUGCCACUAAGCAUAUUUGCUCGCUAUGAAUAAAAUGCGCUAAAUCAUUUCAA